CGGACCGUAGCGCGAGGCACCGCGGGCCGGACCGCCAAGGUGCGCGCCCGGAAGCAGCCAGUUGGCUGCCUUAGGAGCCAUGGCCGCCAGGGUACUGGGAGCUGUCGCGUGUGCUCUGCGUUCGCCGGGCUGGCGUCUGGGAAUUUGGCAGACACAGAUUAGAGAGACUCACCAGCGAGCUUCAUUACUGUCUUUCUGGGAACUCAUUCCUUUGAGAGCAGAGCCUCUGCGAAAGAAGAAGAAGGUAGAUCCUAAAAAAGACCAAGCUGUAAAGGACCGUUUGAAAAAGAGGAUCCGAAAAUUGGAGAAGGCUAGCCAGGAGCUAAUUCCCAUUGAAGAUUUUAUUACACCUGUAAGGUUCUUGGAUAAAGUGAGACAGCGACCUCAGGUAGAGCUCUCCUUUGAGGAGGUUGAGCGGAGAGCUUUGCUUCUGAAGAAGUGGUCCCUGUACAAGCAGCGAGAGCAUGAGAUGGAGAGAGAAGCCAUCAAAUGCAUCCUUGAGGCCCAACAGGAAGCUCUGCAGGAGCUGCAACUCACGUCCCAGGAGCUCCAUGUAGAGGCCAUCAAGCGAGACCCCAGUCUGUUCCCCUUUGAGAGAGAAGGGCCAGAUUACACACCACCAGUCUCCAACUACCAGCCCCCAGAAGGCAGGUACCACGACAUCACCAAGGUGUACACACAGGUGGAGUUUAAGAGGUAGAGCUGCAGGCAGCUGUCUGAAUAUGCUGCCCUUGAGAGCCAGAAUGAACAGAGCUCAAGUCUGCUUGUCAGAAUCAGGCAUGCUGAAAAUAAAUGUAAGUUUAAUCAA